AUGCGUGCAUUUUCUACGUCGGCCAGAGCAGCAGGCAAGACGGCGGUUUCCAUCGUUCCGCCGGUGCAUCACACGGUUAAGUUCCGUAAAUCACAGCUGAUGGACAAGUAUGCGUCCCUGCAAAUCCCCAGAUCCAGCGUGACGUCGCCUAAAUACCGCCCUCAGCGCACUUGCCAGGACCGGGUCCGUGAACACCAUAUUAAUACUGUCGAGAGCGAUAUGAUGCUCAUCACGUACGCUCACAACCAGCAAGUUCUUGUUGGAAACAAGCCCCGCCCUCGCAAAGGCGACUCUCCCUACCAGUUGUACCAGCCUCAACGAGUUCCUUACGGCGGUACUCAGGCGACUAAAGAUAUCAAGGUCCGGAGCUGGCGUAAUGUUCCAAUGCUCGAAGCCAUUACCAUCAACUGUUUUGUCAAGCCAGCAACUAUGAACCACGAUUUGGCUGCUGCUGCCAAGGUCAUGCUUCAGCAGAUUACCGGCGAGAAGCCUACCAGCGUUUACGCUCGCACCAACGUUCCCUCCUGGACCCUGCGUCCUGGUAUGCCCAUGGGUGCCAAAAUCAAGCUCACGGGCCAGCCCAUGAACCAGUUUCUCACAACUCUGACUGAGAUUGUGCUGCCUCGCUCCAAGACUUUCACUGGCGUCUCCAAUUCUACCGGUGAUCAAAAUGGCAACAUCACAUUCUCGCUCACUGCGGACGAUAUUCGCCAUUUCCCUGAAAUCGAGGGCAAUCUCGAGCUCUGGCCCCAGACUUUUGCUAUUGAUCUGUGCUUCCACACCUCUGCGCAGGUCGACCCGGAGGCUCGUACUCUUUUGAGCGCUUACGGCUUGCCCUUUGUAGGUAAGGAGCGUUACCCUGCCCGUUGGUAG